CAGCCCUCAACAGUCAAGAAACAAAAAAGAACUGCGGACAUGGUGUUCAUCGAUUACAGAAGUAUCAUCUGGGAUCAACGUGCUCGGCUCACAAAAGAAAUGGAUCCGGUCAAGGUAGUGACUUAUUUGGUUAAUUGUAAAUCGAUAACGUCGUCAGAUAAAGAACUCAUUGAACGAAUCCAUCCACCAUCAAAAAGAACGAGUAAAUUGUUGAAAAUGAUAGCCGUGAAAGGACCAGAGGCGUAUGAAAAUUUUGUGAAAGCAUUGGAGGAAGAUGAGUGCUUUGGGGUCGCCUACUAUCUCGUGCGAAAUGAAAUGGAAGAAUGGAAGAAAGGAGUGACUUUUUUAAGUGAUGAUUUAGAAAAGGAGCAACAAGAGCAUAAAAAAACUCGGCAGAAACUUGAACGUAAUGAAAAUAAAUGUAAAGGUGGGGACGCGUACAUCAACAGCUAAGUGACAAUAUAACGUUUUACAUUUGAUCUGAUGUAACGUAAGUUGACACACCUUGCUCGGUACUCUCAAGCAAAGCUUACAGUGUAGGGGUAUCUUUACCUCCGUUAUUAUUCAUAUCUUUCUUCUCUAGUAAUCACAAGUCGAUUCAAGGCAAGACGUUUAUAAAAAAUUAAAGUGUCUCAGAGUUUGAAGUAUGCGAAGUUUGGAUCUUCUUUGCGAGUAAAAUUCACUGAAAUAUUCGCCACUGCAAACGGCCAACUUUAUGGAUAACGCUAAUGAGCCCGCCCAUUAUUUAUAAAAUGUCUAAUUCUAACACUGUGUGGCU